GCUCUCGCUCGCCUGUCUCCCACCCCAGCAAUAAUUAGCGAACACCAAAUUCAAAUCCGCUUCCAAAAUCCGCAGCACCUCCCUCCCUCCAUCCAAAAUCCCCUCCAAAAACUCAUCGCAUCGCCGCCGGCGGCCCGGCCGGAGGGAUCCCCCACUCAGGUCGCGCGCCUCGUGAUUUCAAUGGCGGCGGCUGCGGCGGACGAGGAGGAGCUGGAGCCGCUCUUCGACUACUCCCGCGUGCAGCCCACCAUCGCCUUCAGCUUCGACGACACCGACAUAGAGAAUUCCGACAUCUUCGUCCACUGCAACAAGCGACGGAAGGCGGCCGGGGUCGACGGCGACGCCAACCCCAACGGGGGGAGUGAGGCUGUUCAGAACGCUGACACUGCCCCGAGGGCAGCAGCAGUGGUGGACUUAGGAGAGGAGGAUUGGUUACCGCCGCCGCCGCCCAAGACCAAGUGCACUGUCAGGCCCGAAUUGGAGGAGAGUAGCGUAUUGCGGGAGCUGAGAUUACAAAAGCAAGCGAUGGCGAAAUUUGCUGAAUCAGCUGAUGAUUUUCUGGAAAAGGUAGUCCAAACUGCUAAGCAAAAGGUUCAGGCCAGAAUACCAACUGAACAUAUAGAUCUAGACAACUCAUCUGAACGACAGGUGGAGAAUGCAAGACAAAAGGUGGUCAUAACAAUCCAGGACAAAGCUGGACAGCAGCAGUUCCGCAUAUACAAGGAUGAGAAGUUCGACAAGCUUUUUAAGGCAUAUGCUAAGAAGGUUAACCUCAGCCUGGCCGACCUGACAUUUGUAUUCGAUGGUGACAAACUUGACCCAGCAAGCACACCAGAGGACCUUGACCUAGAGGAUGAGGACAUGAUUGAGGUGCGGCAUAAGUGAUAAGCCACGCUGAUGACCGAGCUUGUCAUAAUGGUUGUUAGUACUUUGCUCCUCGUGGGACAUUGUUUUGAUUGCUCCUCGUGGGACAUUGUUUGGAUGGUUAUUACUACUUUGCUCUGCGCUCUCCUUUUGCUAGCCCCAGGCUUUUCUAGAAAGCCGUUGAUGUUUAUGUCCAUAGAUGAUAAUAUUAUAAACACACAAUUGUAUGUAGACGAUAAUCUGUCCAAUUUUAUGAAUCGAUGUUUUUCCUUUUGUCA